ACAGUGCAGCCGGCUGUAGCUCCAAAGGCACGCUCCCAGAGAGAGCCCAAGAGCCUAUGCCCGGAAGCCUCUGAUUCUACCUCUUCUGCUGUAUUUGCCUCCCAGAGACCCCUUGGUUUGGAAGACUUGGGAGUACCAAAGAAAAUCUAUCCGGACACAAUGAGGAAGCACAUGGGUGGAUGCUGGUUGGCCAUCAUCUGUGUCCUGCUCUUCAGCCAGCUGGCUGCAGUCAAGGCAAGAGGCAUAAAGCACAGAAUCAAGUGGAACCGGAAGGCCCUGCCCAGUAGCUCCCCGGUCACGGAGGCCCAGAGGAUGGAGGUGCAGAUGCGUCCCGGGGCCUUCAUCAAGCAAGGCCGGAAGCUGGAUAUCAACUUCGGACCUGAGGGCAACAGGUACUACGAGGCCAACUACUGGCAGUUCCCCGACGGGAUCCACUACGAUGGCUGCUCUGAGGCGAACGUGACCAAGGAGAAGUUUGUCACCAGCUGCAUCAACAUCACUCAGGCUGAGAACCAGGAGGAGCUGUUCCAAGAGAAACAGGGCAAGCUUCACCAGAGGAUCCUGUGGAGGCUGGUCAGGGAGCUCUGCUCCGCCAAGCACUGCGAUUUCUGGUUGGAAAAGGGAGCAGGACUCCGGGUCUCCAUGGACCAGCCUGUGAUGCUCUGCCUGCUGGUUUUCAUUUGGUUCAUUGUGAAAUAAGCCCGUUAGCAGGCAGGCAGCCACGUAGAUGAGCAGGCGAGCAAACCAGAGUCAUCCCAGCUCUCUUCCCCCAGUACCCAACCCACAGGUGUUCUGAAGGUACCAAACAGCAGGGAUUUUGCAGCACUUCCAAUAGCACGCCUAAGUGUCUCCUCAGGUAUCUGCUUGAAUUUGAUUGUUUGUGUGUCCAUCCCCACAGGCUCUCCCAGAGGGUGUGUGCUCAUCACUGCAUCCUCCGCUCCCGGCGGAGUGCCUGGCACACUGUAUUACACAAUAAAUGUUUGGUGAAUGGAUAAAACAACACACCAGGGAUGGUGCCAGGCACUUCACCAUACCUCCUAACAACGCGCAGAGGCAGGUGUUAUUGCCAUUGUACUGAGGCUCCGAGAGGUGAACCAGCCAGAAAGGGGCACAAAUGGAACUGAAGCCUGGCUUGUCUAACCC